CUUGAUUUGUGUCGAAUUUUCUUUCGAUGUUUCGCGUUUGUUUUUAAUUUUUCCAAAAAGAAAAAAAAAAACUAUUUCUAAAAUUAAAUUUAUAAAUAUUUCCAACCAAAUUAUUAUCAUGGCGAAACCAAAAACAUCAACUCAAUCUACUGAUCCAAAUCUCGCCACAAUUUGUCGCCUCUGUCUACAAUACGACACAGGCACCAUCAACAUAUUCCAAUCACAAUUAUCGAUCCCAGUCCGAAUAAUGAGCUGCUCUGCCGUCGAAGUUCGUUCUGGUGAUGGUUUACCAGAAUUAAUAUGCUCCAAAUGUCGCUAUCAAUUGGAAAUUUCAUAUUAUUUCCGACAUAAAUGUCAAAUAAGUAAUAGAAAGUUGAAAAAACACAUUCGCUUGUUGAAUUUGGGUAAAAAGAGUCGCGUAUUUACCAACUCGGAAAAUGACGACGACGAUGACGAUGAAGAGGAACAACAAUAUGAAGAAUCAUUGAAAUUCAUUGAAGCUGAAGAUGCACGAAAGAAAUCCGAGCAAGAUGAAGCAAAUCAAAAAUGGCUCGAAGAACAAAGAGAACAAUUUAGAAAAGAAGACACUUUGCGGCUAUUUGAAGAGUUUGGAACUUUUAUGCAAUCGCGGGCUCCGGUGGCAAUUGCAAAUGUUAAAAAGGAAAAUAAUCCUGUUUCAUUGCCAACAAAAACAGAAAAAAACGAUCCACCGCCGCAGAAAAAGGAACAAUUAGUGUUUCCUCUGCAAAAAAGGACGGUUCCAACUCCUCCCAAACAACAACAACAACAAGUUCAGUUGGAAGACCCUCAGCCACUUGAAAUCGAUGCUGAUAAUGAAAUAACUUCUUCUGAACAAAUCCCCGAUGAAUCUGAGCAAGAACAAGCUAUUUUUUAUAGCGACAAUGAUGAUGGCGAAGAUGAAUCUUCGGAAAUGUUGAUAUUUGAUGAAAAGUGCAAUGAAGAAGAUAAUAGACAUCACAAUCAACAUCAGGAAACUGUGCAAAUUGAUGAAAGCAGUGUAGAGGCUGAGAUGGUUGAAGAUAUGAGUCCAGAGGAGGACGGUGGAGCUGUGGAGGAUGUAAUUGAUGGAAAUGAAAUGGAAAAUAAAGACAAUGAUGCAGAAGAGAUGAGCGAGUUUAUAUUUUUGGCUGAUUUGGAAGAUUCAAGUCAUUGUGUUGAGAGGCAGGGAAGAGCGAGUGAGGUGGAGUCAUAUCAGAUUGAGGAGAACGGUGAAAUUCAAUACCUUAAAGAUGAAAGAUUGUCCCACGAUGAUGAAAUCAAUUCAAAUCAAAUUGAUGACAAUUAUGAUUCAAAAUAUAUCAUGGAAGAUGUAACAGUAGUAAAUGUUGGUAAAUACGGAGAAAUAGUUCCAGUGAAAUUAGAAAAAAAGAAAAAGUUAAAAAAGAAAACCCCUCCACUUCGAAGUGAAAUUGUAGAUCUCAUGAAUGCCAGAGUGUCAACAAGUGAUUUGAAAAUAUUCAAAUGCAGUGAAUGCCCACAAUCAUUUACUCGAGCUAAUUCACUUAUACGUCAUCGAUCGGCUCACAGAGCUGGACGUGAAUAUUGUUGUGAUUAUUGCGAUAAGUUCUUUUCAUGCAAGAGCUCACUAGAUCGUCACAUUCGCAUUCACACUGGAGAAAAACCAUUCACCUGCGAACAAUGUGGCAAGAACUUUAUGCAGAAGGAAAUUCUUAAACGUCACUUGACUAUACACACGGGUCAACGGCCACAUCAGUGUCCACAUUGUCCAAGGUCUUUUGUGCAAAAAUUAUUAAUGAAAACGCAUAUAAAUGCAGUGCAUAUGGAGGUGCCAAAAAUAGUUAAGAAUGUCUGUCAUUUGUGUCCAAAAAGUUUUCUUCAUCCUUCUGGACUGAGUAGGCAUCUCUUAACACACAAGGGAAUGAUAUUUUCAUGUGCCGAAUGUGGUCGCACGUUUAAUGACAAAAGUUCACUUCGUCGACAUUUUGCAGUGCAUUCAAAAAGUGGAUCUAAGACAGAUCAAAAGGCAGAGCCCGGUGAAAACGAAUCAUCUAAUGAAUAUUAAGCUAAAAAAAUGCAAAAAAAAAUUACUUUAUAAUUUUGUAGUACAAAAAAGAAAUAUAUUUGUUAAGUAAUUUCAUUUAAUUUAUACUUACAUAUAUAUCGCAUCUAUGUCACUUUGAAUAUAUUGUAGAUAUAAACUACACAAUAAGAAAAUUAAUAAAUAAAAAUAACUUACAGUUAAAUAAACAUA